AUGACCCACGUUAGAAUUGAAAGCGGCUGCAUGCAAAAGUCGACUGCCAAGGGCGAGGAGGACGAUGCAAGCUUCGAGGACUCGAAGUCGUCCUGGAUUGCGAAGAAUGGACGAGAUUUACUGGAGCCGGUGUUGACGAUGGCAGAAGAAAGCUUCACUGCCGUCAAUAGCCUAGAGUUGAAAGAGGCUGAAGCUCGACAGACAGUCGAGGAGCUCGUACUGGCGGGGGAUGACGGCGAUAUCACGGAAAACAUCACCGACGAGUCUGUACGAGCUUUGGAUGGUUGGAAACAGCAACUUUUGCACGCGCAAAAGGAAAGUGACGUACUCAGCGUGGAAGCCCCGGAGCAGCAUGCUUUGCAACUCAUCAUAUCGUUAUUGGAGUGGCUGCAAGGCUCUCGAUCACUUUUCUAUGAUGAAAUCCUCCCCCUCCAAGAUCUGCGGAUGCUGUGGCCCCUGCCGUAUUUGAAGAACCACGAAAAGGUGGUGCUCGAGUGGACAGAGCGCGUUCACAAGUGUGUGGCCGACAAGCAUGCUCACGUUACUGAGCUUCAAGCUCUCUUGGAUAACGGAAGUGGACUGCUAUUGGAGCAGGGAGCAUUUAAAAUUGUCAUGGAAGAGGCCAAGAAGGCGAGACUUUGGCUCUCCAAGCUCAAGAAACGCUUGAGGGCAUUGAUGACAAAGGGAGUGGGGCGAAUGAGCAUGAGCGCAGCGCGCUCCCUAGUUGAGGAAGGCGAGGAUAUCGCGAUCGACAUGCCAGUGUUCGACUUCUUGAAAGAACACCUGGAGAUUGCGAGUGACUGGGAGAACCGUGUUUUGGCGUCCGGGAUCGAGAACGGCCAGGCGCGGGUGGCAAACUUGCUCGCAUUGCUUAACGAGUAUGAGUGCGCUCGGUUGGUGAUCGACCUCGAUAUGCAUCGGGAUGUACUGAAGUCAGCCACAGAACGCUACUGCAUCUGCCGGCAACCUUUUGACGGACUGAUGAUUGGGUGCGAUUACUGUGAUGACUGGUUCCACGACAGCUGCAUCGGCAUGUCCAAGGAAAAGGCGGAGAAGGUGGAGCACUAUACCUGUCCGUCGUGUACAAUUUUGCAAGAGCUUGAAGCCAUGUUGGAACAGGCAAAAGUUGCCGGUCAACAGGGAAAUUUGUGGGACAUGCAAGAGUACGCGAAGGCCUUCGAGAAAAACCAGGCUAGUGCCUUGCGUAAGGUAAAGCGCGAGGAGAAGACUGUCGAGCGUACUGAAAUGCUGCUUUUUAGCUGCAACAACCAGAUGAACCAGCUUCGGGCGCGGAUUGACGACAUCGAACGCGCUAAGGCAUGUUUGGCCCUUAACCCUCUCGCUGGAAAUGCUAAACAACAAGCACCGAGCAAGCCUCCUACCGUACCAUCAUCGACGCCGGUUCCUCCGAAACUCCCGACGCCGCCACUACUGAAUCCGAUGGCUGCCACACUGAUGGGCAGCACGGAACGCUUGGCGGCUCUGGUAGUCGCCGGGGGCGUGGAGCAGCAGCUGACGAAGAUGAAGAGCGAACACGUGGAGGCGAGCAAGCAAGUGGUCGAGCUUCAGAGCUCGUUGCGUCUGAGUCGAGAACGACUGGCGAAUGCUCAGCAAGCGCUUCGUGAACUCUCUGACGUAUUCCAUGCUCGACAUCGUAUGCUUCCCUUCGCGCAAACGUGGGUGCAACAGGCUGUAUCGCUGCUGAAUAGGACGGCGCUGUUGUCGCGCAAUAACGUCGACUUCUCGGCUUUUCUGCCUCGGGAGUACGCGGCUGUGCUCGCUCAAAUGGAUCAACCUGCUCCGGCCGAUAGUACUGAUCCAUCAACGACGCCAGUGGCUACAAGCAUCGACAAAUUAUUCCCCGGCGUGGACAUGUUUGCUCGGCUGCUUCGCUCGGUAUCAUGGAGUCAAGUGGUGGUGUCGCUGUUGCAAGAGCGGCCGUCGCGCGGUGAAAUCAGCGACGCUAUUGCGUACUCCACAGAGCACGGGCUCUGGGAUGACAAGAAGAUUUUAUCACCGCUGCGCAGCUUGAUCGGUCGAGUGGACGCUUGGGUGUCGCGGGCUCACAAAUGCAUGACGAAAACUGCGAACAAGACGCAGCAGUUGUCACGACUGAAGGUGUUGAUGAACGAGUACUCCAAGCUCCCGUUGACGUAUUCCAAGACCGCCGAGCCAUUGGAUACGUACGUGAAGCUGCUAGCUGCAGAGGCCUCCGCAAUAAAGGCUCUGGAUGAAGCGAUGCAAGCACCGCGUAAGCGGAAGGCGUACACACGGAAAGACAAAGCCCCUGCGGCUCGCUCGGCCAAAAAGGUGAAAAAGCCACAGGAUGCUGCAGGUGAAGCGGGUAAAGUAUUAUCAUCGACUCGAUCCGCUGCCUCUGCGUCAGCAGCCACUGCAACCAAGCAAAGCGCGUCAACAUGA